UCUGCUGAUCCUGGAUUCGGCGUUCGGCUGCCGCUGCCUUGCUGCCGACGUCCCUUUUGCCGAACGGCGAAGAGAAGAUCAGCGGGGGCAGCAGCGCUCGGCUGGCGCUGCCUCGCCCUGAGCAAAGAUGUCGGCUGCGGCCUUUCCCCCGAUCGGUCCGGGAGCCUGGUCUCUCCCCUGGAGGCGCCGCUCCGCGUUUCCAUGGUAACGGUAAUUUGAUUAUUGAUUUUGGAGAUGCCAGAUGGCCUCAAAUGGUGAAGAUGCCAUUGCUUGGUACCAAAAAAAGAUUGGAGCCUAUGAUCAGCAGAUAUGGGAAAAAUCUAUAGAACAAACUGAGAUGAAGGGCUUCAAAAACAAACCCAAAAAGAAAGGCCGCAUUCAGCCUGAUCUUAUAGAUGUUGAUUUAAUCAGAGGUUCCACAUUUGCCAAAGCUAAACCUGAAAUCCCUUGGACAUCUCUGACAAGAAAAGGGCUUGUGCGGGUUCUUUUCUUCCCCUUUUUUAGCCAGUGGUGGAUACAAGUAACUUCCUGGCGUAUUUUUACAUGGCUGCUAGCGCUCUACCUCCUACAAGUCAUAGCAAUUGUGUUGUACUACAUGAUGCCAGUUGUGAGUGCAAGUGAAAUUAUUGGACCAUUGUUCCUUAUGCUGCUGAUGGGGACUGUACACUGUCAAAUAGUAUCUACACAGUUAUCGAAGCCAUCAGGAAUUGAUGGAAGCGGUGUUUGCCGGAGAAGGAGGAAAAUGCGAAAAUAUGCAGGAGGCGAUGGCAGCAUUCCAUACUCUUCCUUAGACAAACUCAGCAGAUCUGAGGAGCCGUCCAGGGAGGGGAUUAAAAGGGGAAGACGGGUAGCGGAUAAAGGGACUGAAACGGAACAUAGCAGUGGCGUGAAACGCCGGAUUUCCAGAUCUGAACAUAGCUUGCAGCGGUCCAAGGAGGCGGUCUUACCUAGUGCAGAAAAAACCCUGGUUAAUGCCAGGCGCUCUGGGGUUUCUGAUGAGCUGUCAAGUGAGGAGGAUACAGAUGCUGUGAGUCAGAACAUUUUGUUGCGCAGAAGUGUAGAAGGUGCCCCUAGUGAAAAUCAGAGCAGGAAACCUUCUGUUACUACUUCUGUUUCUCCAAACCAGUCAGUAUCACAGAUCAAGGAGGUCGGGAAAUCUAUGCAAGACUCUGACAGCAUAGAGGAAUCGGAACUGGACACAACAGUUCUUCAUGAGGAGUCCAGAUCCUAUCAUAGUAGUGGAUCUCGGAGUGGCAGUGCAUCCCACAGAGACUCAUCCAGCACCCGCCAUGACACUGAGACAGAAGAUGUGCUGUGGGAUGAUUUGCUUCACGGGCCUGAGUACCGCUCCUCCUACACCAGUGACAGUGAGGGAGCCAAAGGAAAAGAAGCAAAGGGAAGCAAACGUGAUCUGAAGGAGGAUGUUUUCCAGCAGAACCACUUGUUCUGGCUACAGAACAUAAACCCAGCCUCUACCAAAGUGAGUGCCCUCAUCUGGGAGGGGAAUGAGUGCAAGAAGGUGGACAUGUCUGUGCUGGAGAUGAGUGGGAUCAUCAUGAGCAAGGUCAAUGCCUUUCAGCAAGGAGCUGGUUACCAGUGGCUGGGAAAUACUGUUACCAUUGGCUUAGCUUUCCUUCCAUUUCUCUAUCGACUCUUUCACUCCAAGACCCUGGAACAGUUAUGGUCCCUUUCUCUAAAAGAACUUUUAUAUAUCUUUUGCGGGGCUCCCACCAUCCCUCCGGUCGUCGCCCUUUCGGCAAUCAUCUUCCUUGAGCGCCUGUGCCUCACCUGGAUGUUUUUCUUCAUGAUGUGUGUUGCUGAGAGAACAUAUAAUCAGCGGUCUUUGUUUGCAAAACUUUUUAGCCAUAUCACUUCUGCUCGGAAAGCCAGGAAGUAUGAAAUCCCUCACUUUAGACUCAAGAAAGUUGAAAACAUUAAGAUCUGGCUAUCACUCCGGUCCUACCUAAAGAGGCGAGGCCCACAGCGAUCUGUCGACGUGGUUGUAUCUUCCAUCUUCUUAUUGGCUCUUUCCAUUGCUUUCAUAUGCUGUGCACAGCUUUUAAAAGGUUACAAGACAUUCUUGAAUGCUGCUUACAACUGGGAAUUCCUAAUCUGGGAAACAGCCCUGCUUCUCUUCUUGUUGCGUUUGGCAUCCCUGGGCUCUGAGACCAACAAGAAAUAUAGUAAUAUUUCAAUUCUACUCACUGAGCAGAUAAACUUAUAUCUUAAGAUGGAGAAGAAGCCAAACAAGAAAGAACAGCUCACACUGGCGAACAACAUUUUAAAACUUUCUACCAAACUCAUGAAGGAGUUAGAUACUCCAUUUAGACUGUAUGGCCUGACAAUGAAUCCCUUAAUCUACAACAUUACUCGUGUGGUGAUCCUGUCUGCAGUCUCUGGUGUUAUAAGUGAUCUACUGGGAUUCAACAUUAGAUUGUGGAAAAUCAAACCGUGAGUUGAAGAAGAAAGAAGCUUGGGCCCUUGUCCAGUGCCACAAGAGUUAUCAGCAGUCCUGCAUGGGCUUGGAAUGGUAUUUGAAGGUGCUUCUCUCAUUUUAGUAGUCUUCACAUCUUAUGUUUUUCAUACAUUCCAUCAAGACCAGAAUAAAUUAGUUUUAUUCUCAGUGAGGCCAUGGCUUGAAGAAAUGGUUAAAUAAACCUUAGUAAACGGGCUUCUUAGAAUAAAGUUAUCUGACAAACCUGCAGCUCCCAUGGAGUGCAGUAGUAUGAAAUCAUACAACAGAUAUUUGUUGCAUAAACAAAACCACUGCAUCAAGCCAGUCAUUUUCCGACCUGAAAAGGCUUGCUGUUAAGUCAUCUGUAAGGGGAACAGAACUUAAUGCAUACUACGAACAUGUUAAGGGACAUGUUUUUAAAAUGAGGUGGCUGAGCAUGGUGCUAUGUUCUAAGUUCAGAGAGGUGCUUGUUUUUGGCAGAAUCACCUCCUUUUGGUAGCUUGCUCUUGACCUACUUUAAAGUGCCUCCAAUAAAAUUUUCUUGAAUGGCACUAGACUUAGCAGCAGAAGCUGCUGGAGGCCUUGCCUACUGAUGUUGAUUUAUAAGAGAAGGAAAUUAUAUACUCAACUUGUGGUGAUGGAUUUUUAUCUCCAGGCAUGCAGCGGUUGCUUAGGAACACACAAACAGCUCCAGAAGGUGGCUUACAGUAGGCCUGCCACACACACCAGGAGAGAUGAUAGUUUUUAUAUGAUUAGCAUUCUUCAAAUAACUCAUUAUGUGAACUCAGACUGAUCUGAACAAGCAAAGCAAUCUCUCCAUGAGAGAAUUCAGCAAUGUUUAUAUGCUUCCAGAGAGAGCAGAUAUUCUACAGUAUUUAAGAGGCAAUUAGAACCAAAUUUCUGCUGGGAUAGAUUACAACACCCAUUGCUAGCAUUUAGCUGCACAGAAAGUGGGUUGGACCUGAAAAUUUUCCCACUGCAGGGAGCUAUUGAUUAAAAACUUUACACACAAUCCUUCCCAAGUAGGGUAAGUAUUAGGGCUGUGGACUGCUUCACACAAGAAAAUUUUCUAUAGCUGUACUGAUUUCCACAUAUGGUAUACAUAUGGUUUACCAUACAUAAAUAUUUAGAACCUACAUGGCAGCUUCUGAAUGUACAUGCAGCAAACACAUAUUUCUAUGUUUUUCUAUUUGUGAUACUAUAAUUUUAUUCCUGAAUCCACAUACAAAUAUGUGAAGUAACUCUAAAAGGGCUUACCAAAUUAUCACUGAGUGGUUGGUUGCUGUCACUAGUAUGUAUGGAAUAGUUGAAUAUUUUUAAAAUCAGCACUGCCUGUAGCAUCUUAAGCAAGAUAUACUUUGUAUAUGAUACUGUUUAUACAAACAGCUUUGUAUGAACUGUUUAUUGUCAUACAAUAUUCUUCAAGUCCAACUAAAUGUUAGUAAUCUGGAUGAAUAAAACAAGUAAUGUAAACACUGAA